GAUAAGCGCCAACAUUAGCAACAUGGCUUCUUUGAACGACUGGAGUAUUUUCGCGAUGCUCUUGGUAUUGCUGCUGAGUUUUGUGCAGCCGGUGGAGGCGAUUGACGGCGGGGACGCGGUGGCACUGCUGCUGGGUAUGACCAUCACUGUGGUGGGCUUUUGUGCGUGUCUUGGCUGGUACGCGCGGAGACGGAACGGACAGUUCUGAUCCUACAGGCCUGUGAUGCGGAAAUGACUCUCAUCGCCUCCUGUAAGCUCAUGGCUCAGUAGCUGAUCGGGUUUUACCCAAAGCUCUGGGGAUGUAAAAGAUUUUGAGACUGUUGGUGGUGAUGCUUUAAGCCCCUAAAGACUGUACUGACUAAAAAAAACCCAGCAUGCACGCUGACCGACCUGUUGUGCCAGUGCUGUUGUGAUCAUGGCAUCGAAGCACAUCUGUACUGCAUCUGGAUUUUAUAAACUACCUGCUAUGCUUGUAUGAUGGAACUCUUCCUCUUGUUACAUGUAACUGUAUCAUUCUUAGCACUGAAGAUAAUCAGAAUUUACAGCACUGGCAUCAUGCACCUGCUGUUCAGCACUUAACAAUGAGUGAUUUUGCCUUAGUGAGUUUUGAUUACACUGCUGAAAGAUGAAUCUUUUGCUUUUGCCUAGUUUGUCUAAUAAACUGUAAAUGCUA